AACGCAACCGGAAGUCGUGGUCUUGUUUCCCGCUUCACGCCGCAGAUUGUCUCUACAUAAACAAAAUGUAUCCAGAGAUUUUAAGCCUAUUUUCCAUCCGGUGAUUAUAUUAGAAAAAUUCUGUAUAUUGUUUUGAUCGGGAUUAAGUAACUAAUCAGAGAGACGAUGCCAUAUUUUGGGUGUGAGGAGACGGUGAAGGACCUAAAGAGGGCACUGUCCAAUCCAAAUGUCCAAGCAGACCGGCUCCGCUACAGAAAUUACAUCACACGGGUCAUCAGGUGUAUGACGGAGGGUGUGGACGUGUCGAGUGUGUUUAUGGAGAUGGUGAAGGCGAGUGCGACGGUGGACGUGGUGCAGAAGAAGCUGGUAUUUCUCUACAUGGUGACGUUCGCUGGAGUGAAACCCGACAUGGCUCUGCUUGCGAUAAACACACUGAGGAAGGACUGCGACAAUCCGAACCCGAUGAUCCGCGGCCUGGCGCUCCGCAACAUGUGCAACCUCAGGAUGCCUGGAAUAAUCGAGUACAUCCAUCAGCCUGUCAUGAACGCUCUGCGGGAUAAAUCGUCGUACGUGAGGAGAGUGGCCGUGUUAGGAUGCGCCAAAAUACACAGCCUCCAACCCAACGCAGAGAUCGAUGGAGGCAUGGUGAACGAGCUGUACUCUCUGCUGAGAGACCCUGACCCUGUAGUGAUGGUAAACUGUCUGCGUGCUCUGGAGGAGAUUUUACACCAUGAAGGAGGCGUCGUCAUCAACAAACCCAUCGCACACCACCUCAUCAACAGGCUGAAGGAUUUGGACAGCUGGUCUCAGAGUGAAGUUCUAACGUUCCUCCUGCGUUAUCGUCCCCGUAACGAUGACGAGCUCUUCGAUAUCCUCAGCCUGAUUGACACCUUCUUGCUCAGCGCUCAGCCACCUGUCAUGGCCGCCACACUCCGCCUUUUCCUGCAUUUAGCCGCCGCCCACCCUACAGUGCAGGCUGAUGCCCUCAUGCGUGCUCGGGGCCCCCUGCUGGCCGCCUGCGGUGCUGCAGCACGGGAAAUGCGCUUCACAGCGCUCUGCCACGUGCAGCAGGUUCUCCGCAGUCAGCCGACCGCGUACGGCAGCCAUUACAAACGCUUCUUCUGCGCUUUCUCUGAACCGGCGUACGUCAAACUCCGCAAAAUGGAGAUUCUGGUGGAGCUGGUGAACGACGAGAACGUAGCACUGAUCCUGGAGGAACUGAAGAGUUACUGCACUGACGUCUCUACUGAACUGGCACAGGCUGCCAUUAAAGCGAUAGGUCGUAUCGGGCGAACGUACACUGAGAAGUGUUUGGACAUUCUGACAGGAUUGUUGGCACUAAAGCAGGAACAUAUCACUUCUGCUGUGUUACAGACAUACAGAGACCUGGCCUGGUUUUGCCCUCAGAGCACUGCAGCUGUGUGUCAUGCCGUCGAGGGGUGUGAUGAUCUCCCUCAGGAUGAUGAGGGGAAACAGGCUCUGUUAUGGCUACUUGGAGUGCACGGAGAGCAGAUCAGUAACGCCCCCUAUGUGCUGGAGGGCUUCAUAGAUGGAAUAAAGAUGGAGAUCUCCUCUGCAGUGAAGAUGGAACUGCUCACAGCAUCAUUGAAAUUAUUCCUGUCUCGGCCAGCCGAGACUCAGGACAUGCUGGGCCGUCUCUUACACUACUGCAUCGAGGAGGACAGUGAUAUGUGUGUGCGGGAUCGAGCUCUGCUCUACUACAGACUCCUGCAGUGUGGAGUGAACGAAACCCGCAAGGUUCUCCUGGGACCUAAAUCAGACCCGUCCAUGACCAUCAUUACCGGACGAACCGAGGAACCUGUCAAUCACUGGGCUUCCAGUUUUAACACGCUGGAUCCUCUUUUAGGGGCCGAGAGCCGUGCGCAGGACGUUCCUGCAGAGGUCUCAGAUGCAGAUGGUGAAAUCAGAAUAAAUGAUUCGGAUCAGACCUUUCAGAAUGGAAAUCUGAGGGAAGCAGGAGACACUGAUGGCACAGCUGAUGCCUCAGAAGAACCGAGCCUAUCUCUGAGUCCUCUGGUAUCCCAUGAUGCCUUUGAAAAGCUGUGGAUGGAGCUGAAGGUGUUGCAUCGCCAGUGUCUUGGCGUCCCUCGUCCCUCCGUCUCGCCUGACACUCUAAACUCCGCCUUCCAGCUGGUGAAGAUCCAGAUCUUGGCGUAUAGCCGGAGCGAUGCUCGUCCCUGGAAGCUCUACAUGUAUAGCUGGAGUGGUGGCAGCGUGAUCCUCGCCGAGCUCCUGCAGGACCGAGCUGACGAGCCCCAUCGCCACGCCAACCUCACGCUGUCCAUCAAACAACACCCCGAGGAGCGAGAAGCUGUCGAAGGCUUCGUGUCCGUGGUCUUAAAUGUCCUGCGCACUCUGAGCUCAGCUAACUCAAACUGACUUAUCAUGAUGUAUUUACUUUCAAAACCACUCACAUUUAUUUUAUCCUUAAUAACCUUUUUUAUUAAUAAAUUAAUUUGAACUACA